AUGUUGAUUUUCUUAUUAUUUUAGAUUGCAUACCAAUAAUGUUUAGUCAAUUCAGAAGCUUAGACUAAUUUUUUUAAAUUGUAGAAUGAAACGAUUAGAUUAAAUUUGUUCGAUUAUUUUUAUGGGUAUAAUUUGGAAUUUUCUACAGAUUCAAAUUAUGAAUUAUAAAAUGUGUUAAACUAAUUAGACUUUUUAUAAUUAGAAGGAAUAGUUAUUGAUAGUUCUUUAUUGAUAAAUUAAAAUACAAAAGAAUGGAUGAACAAGAUUGUAACUUUAAACUAAAUUAACCAAGCAUUUAUAGUUUAUAUUAUAGGCAUUAAAAAUAAUUAACUAUUGAUUCAAAAUACAUUAUAUAUUCCACAAUAAUAAAAUUAAGUAAUUUGCAAUGAAAUUACAUUUUUGGACAAUUAAUAGAUUUUGGUAAACUGCUAUUAAAACUUUGCUGGACUAUUCUAUUAUUUUUUUUAUGUUUCUUAAAUUAAUGAUAUUUUUUCAUGGUAAAUUUUUCAAUAUACUCCAUCUAUUCUUUAAUAUUAAGUUCAAAUUUUUGACUUACAGGUAGCUUAAGAUAAUGAUAAAAACCUACUAAUUAUUUUAGGUAAAUAUAACUAAGAAUAUUUGUUUGGAGUGGUAGAAAUCUAUUCUUAUGAAGAUUUAAAAAGUCAAUAGACAUUAUCUCCAAUAUAGUUAUUUAAUCAAUCCUAUUAUCGAUAAUAUAAAAUCAGUAAUCAACAAAGUAUAAUAGAAUAAAAUAUUUCUAGUUUAUUUAAUGAAUAUGACGAAUGUGAUUACUGUUUACUCUUUAAAUAAUUUUAGUUAAACUGAAUUAUAUAAUAUUAGUGAAUUAAUUGAUACAAAGUUUGAAUUGUUAGCAUUUGAUGUUGAGUCAUCCGAAGUAGAGAAUUUACUUAUAUAUACAACAUUGACUGGAAAGAACUUAUUGGAAAUAACAACAAUUGAUAUAAUAAAUUUUUAUUUUGUGAGGAUAGAUUUUAAUCAGACAGUGAUUCCUUAUUUAAUUAGUAAUCAAGAAUUGAUAGCAUUAUAAAUAGGUGGUUAAUACUAUAUAUAUGAUAGAAUAAAUCCAAAUAUUAUUAUAAACACAUAAUCAUAAAAUUUGAUCGGAUUAAAUCAAUUACCAUACAAUCUAUUAACUUAUGAAUCGAAUGAGCUUUAUUAUUACUAAACUUUAUAACCUCAGAUUUUCAUAACUUCCAAUGUGAAUUCAACUAUUGUAUUGAUAGGUACAUCAAAUGAAUAAGAUGGAUAGAUAAAUUGUUCAGUAACAAUAAAUGUGACAAUUCAUGGAUUAGCUCCAGAUUUAUAUAAAUAUGAAAAGGAGUUACCUUCUUAAAUCAUAGUUAAGAGAGAUAAGACAUAUCUGAAUGCUUUAAAUUAUUUUAGUGGAUCAUUAAUAAUGGUAUCAGCAGAAGCAUCAAAAGAUUAGAUAGAUAUUUCGGAUCCAUCACUUUAAGUGUAAUUAUCAAAAAAAGUUUGGAAUCAGAUAAAUGGAGUUUUUUCUUUCUAUUCUUAAGAUUUUGAAUCUUAUGCUACAUUCAUACUACAAUAUUAAUAUAUAAAAGACAAAAUAAAGAACAGUUAAAUAUCAUUAAGAUUAUGCGAUAUGGAUUUAUUAAAUUAUAUUGAGUUAGAGGCAAUGGAAUGUAGAGAUUAUUAAUAAAUAUUCAUAAUAAAUGCACCAAUCAAUAAAUUAUAGUUUACAGAUUUAACAAAUCCUGAUGAGGUUUAUUUUGUAGCAGAUAUAGCAUAUAGUGCAGUUGUCAUAUACAAAUUAAAUUAAUUUAAUGCAUUUAAAUCAAUAUAAGCAGAAUUUGUGUGUGAACCACUUCCAAUAGAUGAGUAAGAUUAUUUUCAUUAAAUAACAGAUUUCUAUGUUGUAGGUAGUUAUCUUUAUUUGAUAUUAUCUCGAAUAUAAUAAAUAUGGAUAUAUGAUUUAUAAUCUUGUAAUUUAAUGAAUAAACUUACUAAUGAUUUUUUUGAUGGUCCUUUUUUUCCAUCAUCUUUAGCUGGUAGAACAAUUAUUGAUUAGAAUAAUAAGAUGAGAUAAAUUAUUUUUAUUAAUUCUUUAUCAUUUGUUUAUGUAAUAGAAAUGUUCAAUUGGAUUCCAAUUUAUUAAAAUAAGAUUACAAUGGAUUAAUAUACAAAUAUUAAGACUCUCUCUGUAAUUAAAGAUUCUAUUAUCCUCGUAGUUUAAGAAAAGUUUGGUUAGACUUCAAUAUAUGAGUAUUUUUGUUCUAUUGAUUAACCAACUAAUGAAAUAAAAUUCAUAAAGAAAUUACCAUAAUAUGGAGUUACCAUUAAUAAUAAAUUUAUUGUAGCAUCUGAUGAUUCCCUAUUUUAUAUUUUGAUGAAUAACAAUUAUUACUUUGUGUAUAAUCCAAAUUUAUCUUCUUAGGAUUGUUUACUCUAAUAAUUAGAUUAUAUAGGUGAUUAUAUAUCUCCUAUUCACAUUCCAAAUAUUUUAAAAUAGAGCAAUGUAAUAAUAGCUAGUCAUACAAAUCUUGUAAUAUAUUCAAUUACUAAUCCAACUUAUAUAUUGGUUGAAUAGAAAUUCAUAUUAAGUACAUUUUAGAAAGAACAAAUUGAAUAUAGUAUAGAAAUCCAAUCUUAGAUCAGUAAUAGUUAAAUCAAUAUUGAGGGAUCAUUCAUAGCUUAUGAUACACUUUUUAUUGGUUUUGUUAAUCAAACAUAAUUCUUUUAGAGUAAUCCAAUUGAUCAACCAUAUAUUAUGAGUAGUACUUAAAUUACUUUAGAUUUUUAUUUAGGAUAAACCAUUCAAAAUAAUGUUGUUUCUUAUUCACUAUCAACUCCACUUUUUGAUGGAUCUCCAUAAAUUAAUUCUACUCUUAAACAUCCAUUAUCUCUACAUUCAAUUAUUUAAUAAACUCCAAGCGAUAUAAAACAGUUCACUUUUUAAACAUAAUCAUCAAAUGUAUUUGCCUAAAAUUUAGAAUCUUUAUAUUAAGUUUUCAAUACAGAAUUUGUUGAAUUAAUAAAUUAUCAAAAUUAAUUUACUCAUUGUUGGGCACUUAUUUAUUAUACUCAAUUAUCUUAAGUUAUUUCACUUUGUUCCCAAUAUUAAUAUUAUACUUUUACUGUUUAUAAUUAAACCUAAAAUGUUUCAUAAUAAUUUUAGGCUUCAAAUAAAUUUUAUUUUCCUCUAAAAAUGGAGUAUUAUUCAUAAUUAAUUUCUACCUUAGCAAUUUAACAAGGAGAUAGAACUUAUUCAAUCUUAAUUGGGUAGCUUUCCAAUAAUAUUUUCACUUAAAAUCUUAAAAUAUAAUGUUUAAUUUAAAGUGCUGAUUAAAUAUUAUCUUUAGAUAUAGGAGAUUUCACUAUAGUUUAAAUAAAUGGAAUGUUUCUAUUUUUAUAUGUAUGUCCAUUAUUACAAUAAAUUUAAUAUGCUACUAUUUCAUCUUCAGGCAAUACAAUACUUAAUCAAUCAAUUAUGCAUAUCUAAAAUGAAUUACCUAAAAAAGCUACCUUAUAAGAAAUCAAAUUUAUUCAAUUUGAAAAUUAAUCAAUGAGUUUUUUAGUUACAACUAAAGAAUUCUAUAGCAUCAUAUUAACUGCCAACUAUUCCUCCCCUAAUUCAUAUAUUGUCUUAAGUAACAUUGUAUCCUCUUAAUAGAUCGCUCCUAUGCAAUAAUCAUUUCAACAGCGAAACACCUAUUAUGUCAAUUCAUUCUUAUUUACAACUUAUCAUGAUGUUUCUAUUGAUACUUAUUUUUUGGCCUUAUAUGAUCUCAGUAAUCCUAAUUUUACUAUUAUUUACUCAAUUGAUACAUUAAGAUUCAAAUCACCUAUCCUCUAUACUGUUUAAGCACCUUAUAAUACUGUACUCGUCAUGGAAAGUAUUCCAAUUUUAUUUUCUUUUAAUUAUUCUAAUCAACUAUAAUUAAAAAUUCAUAAUAUCACUUAAACUUCUUAUGCUAUUCCAUUAUACAUUAAUAUUGAUUAAAAAUAUGGACCUAAUGAUAUUAUCACUUUACAAUUUUAAUACCCUUAAAUUGGUUAAACUGAAAAUUGGGUUAAAUAUACAUGUAUUGGAGUAGGAUGCUUAUAUGUAAUUACUUUGAUUAUAAUUAUUAUUGCCCUUUAAAUCAAUUAAAAGAAAAAGCAAUCCUCUGAAGAUAUGCAAGCAUUAGAAUUGAAUUUAAGAUGA